CUAAGACCCAGGAGGCCGCUCGGCGAUGUUCCGGAUCGAGGGCCUCGCGCCAAAGCUGGACCCCGAGGAGAUGAAACGGAAGAUGCGCGAGGACGUGAUCUCCUCCAUACGGAACUUCCUCAUUUACGUGGCCCUGCUGCGAGUCACUCCUUUUAUCUUAAAGAAGCUGGACAGCAUAUGAAGGCUGGUCAUCACAUGUGAAUGCAGGAUAUGAAGAACCUGAUUACAGUUUCUCCUCCAGUCUGCAAAUGGGUAGGCCCAGAAAGAUGUAAGAGACUCUGAGUGAAUGGACCUAAAAAUCCUACUUGUCAUGAAACAAGUCUGACUCUGGUGACUGACCUUCAUAGCUGAAACGAAACUAUUUGGAACAUAUGAAAAAGCUAUUUUGUGGUCCUAGAACACCCUAUGCCUGUGAUAUUCAGCCUCUGUCAAUAUUGGUAUAAUGAUAAAUAAUGGCAAAUUCCCUUUUCUAGCAAGUAUCAAUUAUAAGGGAAUUAUGUCUGCAGUGACACUGUCUUGCCAUUCCUGGUCCCCUUUUUACUUCUGUCUGUUGAAGAGUUUCUUACAGCCAGUUGUUUUAUGGAAGCCAGCACACAACCACGAUGACAUUUAAGCACAGGACCAUUAGUCUAUAUUUUUAAUAAAUGUAUUAAUUAAGA